UUCCUCCUUCGUCAACAUGGCGCCGAUGUUGGCACCGCUGAAAUGCGGCUUCCACUUCCAGAGACGAAAAUUGGCGCUCGUCCUUCGACAGACGAGCUCAUAUCACAUUUGGAAUAGAAGCCGCUGCGUGAACGGCGCCGACCACAAACGGCAGAGUACCUGCGCGUUGAGUUCCCCUCCAUACGUACGAACAGCGACAUGGGGUACACACAGGAACGAAAACAGUCGUCGGAUUUUGGAGGCAGCAAAACAUUUACAGGUGACAGACAAACGGACAUGUUGGCACGGAAGUGCGGGAGGAAAUUUAAGUGCCGAUCCAAAAAAUGUGCUGAAGGAGGUGAAUUCACCCAAGAUCCUAUCUGCAAUGCUGUCUUACGUGUGGCCAAAGGACAGACCAGACCUGCGAGCCCGUGUUGUCAUUUCUCUGGGCCUGCUCGCUGGAACAAAGCUCACCAAUGUGAUGGUGCCCUUCAUGUUUAAGUAUGCAGUGGACGAGCUUAACCAGAUGUCGGGACACAUGCUGAACCUGAAUGACGCGCCAAGCACUGUGGCUACCAUGGCAACGGCCGUGCUGAUUGGCUAUGGCUUGUCGCGGUCUUGUGCUGCCCUCUUCAACGAGGUGAGGAACACUGUGUUCGGCAAGGUGGCCCAGAGCUCCAUCCGACGCAUCGCCAAGAACGUCUUCCUCCACUUGCACAAUCUGGACCUGGGUUUCCAUCUCAGCCGCCAGACAGGAGCGCUGUCCAAGGCCAUCGACCGCGGCACACGAGGCAUCUCCUUCAUCCUCAGUGCGAUCGUCUUCAAUCUAGGACCCACAGUCUUUGAGAUGGGCCUCGUCAGUGCCAUCUUGUAUUACCAGUGUGGUGGACAGUUUGCUGCAGUGGCCUUGGGCACCUUAACAUCAUACACUCUUUUCACCAUUCUCGUCACUCAGUGGAGGACUCGUUUCCGGAUAGAGAUGAACAAAGCAGACAAUGAAGCAGGCAAUGCAGCUAUCGACUCUCUUCUCAACUAUGAGACUGUAAAGUACUUCAACAAUGAGAAGUAUGAAGCUGAAAGAUACGAUGAAUUCCUGAAGAUUUAUGAGUCAUCCUCUUUAAAAACCACAUCCACGCUCGCCAUGCUCAACUUUGGUCAGAGUGUCAUCUUCAGUGUUGGCCUGACUACCAUCAUGCUGCUGGCCAGCAAGGGCAUUGCAGCAGGUACGAUGACCGUGGGAGACCUGGUGAUGGUGAACGGUCUGCUCUUCCAGCUCUCCCUCCCUCUCAACUUCCUGGGCACAGUGUACAGAGAGACCAGACAGGCCCUAAUAGACAUGAACACUCUUUUCACACUGCUCAGCAUCGACACCAGGAUCAAGGAGAAAGAUCUCGCCCCGGCUUUAGCCGUCUCACCACAGGAGGCCACCAUCCGAUUUGAGGACGUGUAUUUUGAAUACCUGGAGGGCCAAAAAGUCUUAAAUGGAGUGUCCUUUGAGGUGCCUGCUGGGAAGAAGGUGGCCAUAGUCGGUGGCAGCGGUUGUGGGAAGAGCACCAUUGUGCGCCUCUUGUUCCGCUUCUUUGAGCCUCAGCGGGGGAACAUCUACGUAGCAGGGCAGAAUAUCCGAGACGUCGGCCUCGACAGCCUGAGGAAGUCUUUGGGGGUCGUACCACAGGAUGCCGUUCUGUUCCACAACACCAUCUUCUACAACCUGCAGUAUGGGAACAUCAACGCUACACCAGAGGAGGUGUACCAAGUGGCACGUCUAGCAGGCAUCCAUAAUGCUAUCCUCAGGAUGCCCCAUGGCUAUAACACCCAGGUUGGGGAGCGGGGCCUCAAGCUGUCAGGGGGGGAGAAGCAACGUGUUGCCAUUGCCCGCGCCAUACUGAAGAAUCCACCCAUUCUCCUAUAUGACGAAGCAACCUCCUCCCUCGACUCUAUAACAGAAGAGAACAUCCUUACUUCAAUGAAGGGGAUGGUGAAGGACAGGACUACAAUGUUUAUUGCUCACAGGCUUUCCACAAUCGUAGACGCAGACGAGAUUAUAGUGCUCAAUGAGGGUAAAGUGGCAGAGCGGGGCGACCACCGCACCCUCCUCGGCACCCCGGGCAGCUUGUACGCAGACCUGUGGAACACCCAGAACAACAAAAUCCUGAACAAUAGCAAGGGCUCGCCCGAGCCAUCGGCUGAGCGCCUGUCCCAGAAGGAGGAGGAGAGGAAAAAAUUGCAGGAGGAGAUUCUCAACAGUGUGAAGGGCUGUGGGAACUGCUCCUGUUGAGAGAAUCUGCCACCGCCAUGUCUCCUCAUCCCUCACAGAUGGCCUAUGCUGGAAUCCCUGGUCUGUGCAGUGUUGUCGGUGGGGUUGGUGGGGGCUACGUCCCCCUCUACCCACUCCCCACUUCCAACUCCAGCCAAGCCUCCACCCAUGUGACUGUCCCUCCUCCCCCUCAUGUGAAUACAGACCACUGCUCGCCAAAGUUAAGGAGGAGGAGCAGAACAGGGAGCAAGUGUGUUUAGCACUGGCUGGUGUCCAGAGAUUGAGCUUUUAUGCCAGUUGCCUCAGCUGAAUCCAAGCAUAAGAGACCUUGUAUAUCACAUACAUGUGUGUUAGACAUCUGUUAGUCAACAUGCCCCCCCACCCCCACCCUCUAUUAGUGACAUCAGGUUUAUUGACAUCAUCCAUUGCACUGGAAACAGAUGAGAAUACACAUAAUGACUUACAUAUGCCUUGAUGUUGACACCACCUUUGUAUUAAUUACAUUUUUAAAUUAUUUUCAAAAUAAAUUAAACAUAUAAUUAGCUUUUUAUAUCGCGAAUGUGUACAUAGUGAAAUGCGUUCUGCAAAUAGGCCAGAAUGCAGAAUUGCAAAGAUUGUUUGAAUAACACUAUUUCAUAAAACUGAUGCUUCUGGGGGAUUUAGUCAUAAAUGAACAUAGCGGGUGAAAUUGUUCUAAAAAUAUCAAAUUUGGCAGAUAAUCAAGUCUUUUAGACAAAUGACAACAUAAUAUGGAUGUUUACAUGCACGACAGCUCUCCGGUGAAUUAAUAAUAUGUCUCAGUCACAUUCAUGUAAAUAUAACACUGAGAAUAACAAGUGGUAACUUAUAAAUCAUGAAUGGUUUUCACCACAUUGGAGCCACAUUAAGAGUCGAAAGCCUCCUCUGGGAACAUUCCACAGACAUAUCACUUUGCCUCGGCUGAGGGGCCUCCUCUAAAGUAAAGUUGUGUUUGAGAUUUUAACAGUGCUAAGACAGCUUUUUGGAUUGUAUGAUCGGAAUACAAAGGCUUCCUCUUGAAGGUUUAGUGUUAAUAUUUAAAAACUGAAAAUACAUGUCUGUCCUCAUUUUCUGAGGGUUGUUUUGGGGAUAUGCACAUUUUGUUAGGAACCAUGUGUUGAUAUUUUAUCUAUCGAUGAGAAAUCAUUAGUUGGGUGUACACACUGUAAUAAGCCUGUGUCAUAGUGUUAUUCUGACUAUAUGAGUACGGUGCAGACACUUAAAUAAAUGUUGGCUUUUGACUAAAUA